GCUUAAGAUACAACCCCUUAUAUUUGACAAUUAAUGAAUAUGACUAAGUUCCAAGCCCUCUAUAAGAGCCCUUGUCAUAGGUAGGCAAAACCUACAUGAUCCGCCACCGCGCUUCAGGCAAGGCCAUUAGUCUCAAAAAUGGAUCCUUGCGCCUAAGAGAAGAUACCAACCCGCAUUGUAUGUACUACUGGAAGUGCGAGCAAACCUGGGGCUGGUAUGGAUUCAGAGACACUGCUUCAGGGAAUCUUCUCGGCCGAGAUGGCGUCUUCGGUUUUCGCGCCACUCAGAAACUUCACAUGCCCUGGGAAUGGUUCAUGGUUUCCGGUCACAAGAACGAGGGAUUUCAUCUCCGAACGCCUCAUUGGCUUUCACUCAGAUGGGUAGGCAUUGGCGCAGAUGGUAAAACCUUGGUCGACGCGACAUCCGACGACGAAGCUGCAGUUUGGGAAUUCGUCGAGGUGUGAAUAGCCUCGGCAAGGCAGUCAACGCAGGCAGAUUUAGGGUCUACAUGGAUUAAUUGCCAUACUCGGUUGGCUGGGCGGCGGAUUGAGAUGUUUGGGUUGAUGGAGUCCUGGCAAACAUUACCCUGCCUUGCGUUUGCUCAAGGAAAUUACCCACAAAAGCAAUCGACCUAGUCGGUCCAUUGAAGGUUGUGUACAAUACGUAACUCCAUGGUACCUCAAUUUCGUGCUCUUCCACAACGACUUUGAUUGCAGCCUGGAUUGGCGGUGCU